AUGGCAGCAACAGAGGCAGUGAAAAAAGCUAUCUGGUUGAAAGGUUUGGUGGCAGAAUUGAGUUUGGUUCAGUUGGAAUUAAUUAUAAGAUGUGAUAGGCAAAGUGUUAUUCAUUUGAUUAAAAAUCAAAGAUUUCAUGAGCAUACCAAACACAUUGAUGUCAUAUUUCAUUUUAUUCGAGAUGUCAUUGAAGAUGGAGAUAUCAAGGUUGAGAAGGUUAUCACAGACAAUAACGUUGCAGACAUGUUGACCAAGACAGUCCUGCUUGCAAAGUUUGCACACUACAAGGACUUGGCGGGAAUAGGAGGGAAGAAAGUGAUGCAUCAAUUAAUCGACAAAGAGGAACCAAAUGAUCAAGAUCCAUCAGGGUCACAAACAAAGAAAUGUAUAAAUCAAAUCUUUGACGAAAUGUUUGAGGAUCAGGUCAGGAGGGGUAAAGAAAAUAGGUCGGGUCAUGAGAUAAAAGAAGGGAAGAAAGUGAUGCAUCAAUUAAUCGACAAAAAGGAAACAAAUGAUCAAGAUCCAUCAGGGUCGCAAACAAAGAAAUGUAUAAAUCAAAUCUUUGAUGAAAUGUUUGAGGAUUUGGACAACUCAUCUAUUAAAUCGUGUAUCAUAUUCAAAGUAAACGUGCGGCUACGUGAAUCAAAUCCAGAUGCUUAUACACCAAAAAUGGUCUCUAUUGGUCCUUAUCAUAAGAAAAAUCCUCAACUUGGUCCAAUGGAAAAGUACAAGCUAUUGUACCUACAGCGAUUACGAAAAGAGGGGCUUGAUGUGAAAAGUUGCAUCACUUAUUUGGAGCAUCUGAAGGAGGAAGCACUAAAGUGUUACGAUGAUAUAGAAGACCUCGAUACUGAUGGUAGUCAUGAAUUUUGCAAAAUGUUAUUGCUUGAUGGUUGUUUUGUGGUUGAGUUUAUUCGAGAGUGUUCUGAAAUAUAUCCAAAAGGAGAAGAAAAAAUUAUCAGUUUUGUUGAUUACAAAUAUAAUCAAAUACUCCGAGACUUGUUGUUACUAGAAAACCAACUUCCUUUCUUUAUCCUCGACUGGCUUCAUUUAAUUACCAUGCAAGAUGAUGAUGAAUUGUCAUUGGAAGAACUAUCGAUCACUAUGUUUAGCCGUGUUGUUAACUUGGGAUAUAUAUUGACUUGUGAUGAAUACCAUUUGAAGAGAUGUCGAAUUUAUGCAAGUGAUAUGAAACAUUUACUUCAAGUAGUACACGGUGUUUCAUGUCAAAGGAAUUUCAAAAUAUGCUCAAACGAUGACAUAAAGUGGAAUAAGGUCAUGCCAAAUGCAACAGAGCUUUCCGAAGCUGGAGUUAGCUUUGCAAAGGUCAGUAAUAUGACAAGUUUAUUUGAUAUAAAGUUUGAGAAUGGAUUGAUGACAAUGCCUUCUCUUCAUGUGGUAGAUAGUACGGAAAUCCUCUUGCGAAAUCUCAUUGCUUAUGAGCAACAAUCAAUUGAUUUAGAAUAUUUAUAUUUCAGUGAUUAUGCAACUUUCAUGGAUCAUCUUAUCAACUCAAAUAAAGAUGUGAAAUUACUUCGCCGUAAAGGAAUCAUAAAGAGUUGGAUAGGAGAUGACAAAGAAGUAGCUAGAAUCUUCAACAAAAUGAGAAAUGGGGUCCGUUCUUAUUCAACCUUCUAUUACCACGAACAGUACACGAGCAUUUCAGCAUUGUAA